AUGUCUCCUUUGAAUCAGCCUGAUUUCGAAGUCCGAUCCGUCUCUUAUCUCCGCGAUGCAAGGUCUCAGUUGCAGGCGUCCCAGCGGCGGAUUUCACAGCCACCUUCGUCUCGCGAAGGAGACACAGGUCAUAACCGAUCAGUAUCCCUUAGACAGUCUCCCUUCAGACCUUAUCCGCAGACUGCCGAGAGUUCAGCAAGACGCGGUACUGAAAGGUUCAAGAAUACGAAUCCCUCCAUUGACCUCGCCGGAAAAUUGGCAAGAAAGGAAAACUAUGCCCAAGCGAUGCCCAAGCAGUAUAAAUCGCUGAAGGCCAUUGCUUGCCAAGAUCAGGUACACUAUCGAAUCAAUCGUCCCAUUAUGUCCUAUCAUUGGGAUGUCACUGAACAACGGCUUUAUACCCGGCGCACAGAAACUGAAAGGGCAUUCCCUCCUGCCGAGUCGUAUCAGCACGCCUGGGAGUUCUUGAAACCGCUGAUGGAAGGAGCUUGUCCGAUACAUAUACAAGCCAUGAUUGAUCGCCUUGGAGGUCUCAAGGAAGACUCGCCGAUUCUGCUUACACAGAAUAUCGGAGAGGCAACUGAAGUUCUCAACAACGCGUUGAAAGAUGCCCGCCGAGAGAUCAGAAGAGCCAUCUCGUCGAACGUCAGUCAGUGGAUCGCGCAGUACAACGAAGCAAAUCCAUCGAACAGAGUCAUCGUGACUCCAAGCUACGGGUACAGAUGCCUCUCGAUCGAUCGGCAAGGGAAUACUUUCACCACGGAAGUCAGCGUGAACUACCUGUUGAGCAACUCAGGGGGAGCCGUGGGACCUACGAUGACGUGCAGUCAAAGUGUACUCGUCACUGUGUAUCGCAUCGGCAGGGGUGCCUCUCAAGCCAGCUCCGGCUUCACGGAUAGAGAAACCUCUGGCUCGAGCGGACCUUCUCAUACUGAGUCUCUUCUUCAUGGCGUCUCAGACUACGGUCCUAUGGAAUGCGACAAGAAUCCAUACGCAAUCGUUUAUAGUAGCCCGAUCGAGAGAUACAAAUCUGACGGAACUUCCGAUGGCCCGAUCCUGUUGCGUCAGGCUUGUAUACAUCGUUCAAAGAGCACGGUGGUAACCAUACGGUAUCUGUGGAGAAUCCUAUUCAAGGUUCCCAAAAUCCAUAGGUUUGAGCGGCAGAAAGGCAAGAAUCUGUGCAACCACAUCAAACACGCCACGUUCAUCGCUUCGCCGCCUUAUGCCCGGUCCGAGAAGCUUCCCACAGCCGUCACCAUGACUGAGAAUCUCGUCAACGCGAUCACCAAGAUGAAUACAACGACUUCUAACGACAAGAUUCGGACCGGAUCCAAAAAGAGUUCCGGCCAGCGGUGGAGUGCUAGGGUGGACGACGAGCAACGGGUUGUCACUCAAACUGGAGACCCAAUUCAACAAGAUUUUGUGAAAUUGAUGGCCAAGCAGUUUGACGGAUUAUCGCCCAAGCUUGAGGCAUUUUGCUCGGAUAUGGGUUCCACUGCGACUUUUGAUGGCUUGAGGGCACGAUAUACUGAGGGCUUCAAUGACAGACGGGAGGCUUGGAUCGAUGAGCUAGAUACAGUGAUAUCCACGCUGCGGAAUAUUCAAGACAAUGACAGAAGUUUCUUGUCUCAGUGGAGAUUAGGCUUCGAUACAGUGGGAGAGAAGACUUGCCAACUUUCUAUCCAAGCAACUGAGCUUCGACUAUACUGGAUCCGAGAAUCUCCUACCCCUAGCAUAAGGGCGGAAUAUUCCGUCGUUGUCACUUUUCUCGAAGAGCGACCGGGUAGUUCGGGUAAUCUGAAGAAAGGUCAUUCACGAUCGGUGAAAGAAGCUUUCUCUUACUCAGAUAUGCCCGGACACGGAGAGUUGAAGAGCACGUACGCUUGCCAGUGGCCGAUAAAUCUCCUGAAUUUUGGAGAGGUUCUUUCAUAUGCUAGAGCUCCUCAUCGAUCGAUGCCGUUCGAUACCGAUAGGAGUACCAACAUGUCUCAAACCGUUGAGAUGGGUAGUUCAUCUUGCAUUUCACUCAUUCCGAAGACGGUCGACAAUUCAUCAUUGAUGACAGGCCCUAGUCAGAUCGAUGCCCCUCUUAGCGUCCGAAGAAGGGAUCGGAACAAUAAUGUUUCGUAUCUGAGUCAUGAAACUGGAUCGAGCGGUUAG